AAGUCAUUUAUUUGGUUUCGUGUCUCUCUAUCUCUCUAUCUCUUUAUCUCUCUCUCUCUCAUCCAAAUCCAGAGCCACCAUGUUUUUCAAUCGGCCAUCAGUGUUCACCGGUCAAGGUAACGCAAGCUACAGCUGUCAUUUUCGGAUGGGCCCACAAGAUCUCGGCUAAUGAUUGCCCAAUCGAUUCCGGUUGUUCUUUGCCGUUCGAUGAUAGUUUCUCAUCCCAGAGCGCUGUUCCAUGAUACCAUACGGUAUAUGGAUGUAGCUGAUUCCAGCCUGUUCAUCUCGACUUAACAGUUAGUUACACGGUUAGAGUGGACGUUUGAAUUUAGCCGUUUGAUUGGGUAGAUGCUCAUCCAACAGCUAUACAAUCUCUGGUACCAUGCUCUGCAUCACAGUGAACCAAAUCGAGAAGAAAGAUUACAUACAUGGACUCCAAUCAAGGAGGCCAUCGAUGAGCUGUGGAAAGCUUAUCUCUCUCCACCGGUAGGACGUGAUCUUGAGUUCUUCUGUAACCUAUUCAACGAUCAUGACCAGCGAUUUCCACCAGGUUUUCUUGAAAACUUCAGCAUGCUGUUCAAAGCUCUCAGAGGCUCUCAUCCUAUCGACACUCUCCCUGAACAUCUGCUGAAGAUUUUCAAGAAAGUUGCUUGGAAUCAGGAUCUUCCAUGGAAUCCAAAAGCUGAUCCACAGUAUCUAGCUCCCCAGUCCUUGAUGCUGAAACUCUUUCAUCACGUCAGAGAUAAGAUUAAGGAAAGAGAAAGAGAUCACAGGAGGAGGGAGAAGGAAUCGCUGAUGAAACUUAAGUUUGAUGAAGCAACUAGUCUUGUGGUUUCUCUCAACAAUGCCAUAGAAGAUCUCUGGUGUGCAUUUCUGACUCCCCCUCUAGGUCAUCUCAGGUCAUUAAUAGCUGUUCUCGUUAAUGGAGACGCACGGUUCCCAAACAACUUCCUUGAUGAUUUCUUGGAGAUAUUCAAUCAUCUCUGUGGAUUCAACACAACAGGCAAAGAAGAGUAUGUGAAGAUAUUCAAAGGGGUUGAGUGGAAUUCCCAUGAUGAUCCAGAUUACAAGAUUCCCAAGAGUUUGAUGGAGGAUCUGUUUGAAAACCUUUCGGCUGAUUUGGAGGUUGAAGAAACAGUAACAGCUGAGCAGAUUGAAGCCAACAUAAAGAGAGAGAGGAGGCUGAAGGAAGAUUCUGCAAAGAACUCUGUGGCAUUCAAGAAGAUGGCUUAUCAUGAAGGUCGCUUGGGCAGGGACGUGGCUAAGAAAGAAACCCAACUCAAAAUCGCUGCAAACCGGAUGAAGAACACUGGCAAGAAUCAGAAGAAGUAAUAUCUCGGUCUCUUUUAUAUUGCUUAAAAAAAGUAUUCCUUUUAAAUUGCAUUUGUGUUGGGUAAUUCGGAUGGUCUAGAACUUGUGGUGUAUAUCUCGGUCUUUUUCUUUUCAGCAGUGUUGGAACUUGUGCUGGGUUAUUGUUUUUGCAUAUUGAACUAGAAAGUUGUGCAUGAAUAGAGAGCUACAUCUAUAGUCAAAAAUCUCUGUUAUACUGUAAAAAAAAACUACCGUAUUUCUUUUAGUUUACCUUUUGUA